UAAGAUCUGUCACUUCCGGUCUGGAACUGCUUUACAGAAGUAGAAAAACAAAACAGUGCUGGACAAGACAAAUUGAUCAAUGCGUUCAGAACAGCCUUGAAUUUAAAAAGUCGCUUGCAGCAUAUGCUGAAUACAGUCUUAUGGUAAUAUUGCAAUAGUUGUCGAAGAUGUUAGGGCUGGAUCUGUCAACUGGUGUAGGUGAUGUGGUCGAAAAAAUCGAAAAGCUCCCCAUAGACUUGUUUGCAGAAAUACUUCAGUCAAUCCUGGUUCACCUUCAGGAUCAGAACAGAGCAGUAGAUCUGAUCGAAACCUGCGAUAAAUUUCAAAGAGUUGGAAUAAACCUUGAUCAGAAAGCCGUCCAAGAUGUUAUAAAAUUGAUGACAUACUAUUUUAGGUUGGCUGCAAAGAGCAAUCUCAGUGCGGAGGUCUUGGUCAGUAAAUUGACUGAAUGCAGCAGCAAAUGGUCCAAACCGACUCUACAGUUGGUGCACCGGCUUUGGACUGAACAUGGUGCUCUUGUACAUGCACAUCAGGAGGUCCUGACAAUGGCUAGUAUUGGACAGCUUGUAGAUAUGCAGUGGAAGCUUGGAAUGGCAGUGAGCUCAGAUACCUGCCGAUCCCUCAACUCCCCGUUCAUCUCUGUUCUGAUGAAAAUUGCUGACACAUCAGGAGAUAUGUCAUAUAAAUCCUUUGAGAUGACAGUUCAGCAGUUUCAGAACUUCUACAGGCAGUUCAAGGAAAUGGCCUCGGUUUUAGAGACAGUUUAAUAUUUUUCUGCAGGCGAUUUUAACAGAAGUGAUUGUGAACCAUUUAGUCUAUGACCAAAUGUUUACAUACAAGUAUGGUUUUUAAAAACAUAAAUUUGUUGAAUUUUGCACUGAGCUUUUAUUGUUUUCUACUGUUACAGUAGCUGCGAGGUUAGAGUUCUUUAUUGUAAUAAUUUGGAAAAUGUCAUCAUACAUUAAUAUUUGUCAUUAUUAUUGAUAUUUAUAGUUGUCUUCAGUGCCCAACCUCUAAUUUUUUUUUUUUUCAACUUUCAAAUAAUAUGAACAUGAUGCUCAAAAAUAUGAAUUUCUUUAGAGUGGAAAACACUCUUUUUCAUUAAUAAAAAUAUUUUAAAAAAAUAAUAAUAUUUUGUUUAUAGUCCUUUUUAAUGUGCCGCACCCAUUGAAAAGUAACCAUAAUGCUUAACAGUAGGGAUGAUGUUUUAUGCAGAAU